AUGCAGCCAAAAAAUCUUUACUUUCUGCCCUAUCUCCUGAUCUUUGGGACGACCCCGAGCCUUUACUUUCUGAAGUAUGUUUGUUUCUUUUUGUUAUGGGUUUUCUUUUUACGUUUGAUAUCGAUAGCGGAGAGAUGGACACGUCAUGUUGGUGCCACGGACACGGACAAAUGCAUCCGACAACCUAGCUACGUCGAAGUUAUUACAGGUAAACAAAACUCACGUAGUUUUUUUUUUUUAUUUUUUCAACGUGCGCAAUGUUUCCAGACCCAGAGCUGCCACUUCAAUGGCCCACGUAAACAGAGAAAACGCAUUUCGAAUGAAGAUCAGACCACCCAGUGUCUUUUGGUGGAAAUAGGUUGAUAGAUUGAUGGCGCGCACCGAUAACGAUAAGUCACGUAGUCGUAGAAGUUUGAGCAUAAGAUAUUUUCUACUAGCGUCUCACAAUCAUCUCGUGCGACGCUUGCGACGCACGACUCUUCGAAAGUAAUUUUCGCAGCUGCGCAGAAGAUUAGAAGACGCGGUUUUACCAGGAAGCCCCACGACGCCAGAUCGCAUUGCUGAAGAAUCUUAAUUUACUAGCAGCGCAAGAUAAAAAACGAAGUAAAAACUAAGUCUAGCACCGGCCUCACCUGCUCAGUCACUACUCUGCGUUCAGAAACGGCGCUGCACGGCGAAUCUUUCGAACGACUCGCCGUGUUGUACGAAAACUUGACGCAGGGUCGGGGAGAAAAAAAUAAAUCGCUAUGAUGUGACUGCAGAUUUUUGCUAUUUUGUAGUGGUUGGGUUGCUAAACAUGUUUUUCGUUUUUUUACAUCAAGAACGUGCUGCACGUGUCAUCUACUGCCGGGGCGACCCCCCAUACUCGCCCGGCUUUCGCUCGCUCUAUCGUGUUUCGUCCCGACCUUGACAUUGGCUCAGCCGUAGAAGUACCCCUCCAGAUUUCAGAAAAAGCAAAU